AUGCAGAAGCCCCACAAAAGUGAGAGCGCAGCAUCUGGGAGUGAUUUUCCUGACGAAGCAUCUCCCACCGCACUCAACAGAACCACGGAGCUGCUGGACGUCACCGCGGCCAGGAAAAACACAGGGAGGGAGGAAGGGAACAGCGGCCUCAGAGUUCACCCGAGGACUGAGGGGUUGUGGAAGGACAGCAGCAGCCUCUCCUUUUUCUUUGUCGGAGGAACAGAGCCUCAGUGCUGGCAGGUCAGGUUUGAGAGACAGCUCUCACAGCAGAGCCAGAAAAACACCAGGCUUCAAACCAAACGCCUCACCUUUGUGGGGUUUGUGGUCGUGGAGGGGGUCUGA